AUGGAGGUUGCGAAGAAUUCAAAACUGGGGACUCCUGUGAAAGACCCAGAAGGUUAUUCUCGAUUGAAAACUCCAAAAGAUUCGAAACAUUCUGAGAAUUCAAAUCCAAAUAUUUCCGAUUCAACUUCUCCAUUAACAAGAUCUUCAAAAUCCAAGAAACAUUCUUCCAAGAAUACACUCAUCUAUUCACCGGAAGGUUAUUCUCGAUUGAAACUCCAAAAAGAUUCGAAACAUUCUGAGAAUUCAAAUCCAAAUAUUUCCGAUUCAACUUCUCCAUUAACAAGAUCUUCAAAAUCCAAGAAACAUUCUUCCAAGAAUACACUCAUCUAUUCACCGGGUAACAAGCUUAGGGAAAGGAAGUUUGUGGUGGUGGCAAAGAAGAACUUUAAGAGGAGAGACAGGUUGAUGGAAGAAGCAAGGAAUAGUGUGCCUGAAUGUGGGAAAGUUAUGCAUCUGGUUAAGGCCUUUGAGAGGAUUCUUUCGAUACCGGAUCCAAAGGAUACAGAUAAGGAAGGAGAAGAUGAAAAGGAACCAAAAGAAGAGAAGAUUGAUAAUUAUAAUAACAAGGAGAAGCCACUGAAAUGGGCGUUACCUGGAUUGCAACCAACAAAUGUGACCAAGGGUGACGCUGAGAAUGAUGACGAGACAUCGUUUUCUUCAUUUUGUUCAUCAGAUUUUGUUUUGACUGCUGAGAAUCUUGGUUUGGAUCAGCGUUUCUCAGUUUCUUCUUCGUGGGAUAGUAGCCAAGGAAGUUUUUGCAGGAAUUCUAAUGGAGGUCGAAGAAGCCGAAGAAAUAGCUCUGGCUCUGCCGGGACAAUUGGUGGGAGGAGAUGGAAAAAGCAGCUCAAACCCACUUCCCUAAAACCAUUCAAGCUAAGAACUGAGCAAAGAGGUAAGGCCAAGGAAGAAGAGUUCAUGAAGAAGAUCCAUGAAAUGAUGAUAGAGCAGGAGAAGCAGCGGAUCCCGAUUGCUCAAGGCCUCCCGUGGACAACCGACGAACCAGAUGUCUUGAUCAAACCUCCUGUUAAAGAGAGCACAAGACCAGUAGACCUAAGACUCCAUAGUGAUGUGCGUGCGGUGGAGCGAGCCGAGUUCGAUCACCAGGUGGCUGAGAAGAUGAGUCUAAUAGAGCAAUACAAAAUGGAAAGGGAGAGACAGCAAAAGAUGGCAGAAGAAGAAGAGCUAAAGAGGCUUAGGAAGGAGCUCAUUCCAAAAGCACAGCCUAUGCCUUACUUUGACAGGCCUUUUAUUCCUAGAAGGUCAUUAAAGAAUCCAACUAUACCAAGGGAGCCAAAGUUGCACAUUCUACAACAUAAGAAAAUAAAAUGCAUGUCAUGGAAUGACAUGAGCCAGUACACUUUCCAAGGCAAUGAAGCAAGAGAAAUAUAGGGUUUUUUUUGUUACUUAAUUUACCAAAAUAAUGUCAAUCCUACUCUCCCCCCGUGGAAAUCCUCCCAAGAUUGUGUGUAACUUGAGCAACCAAUUUAGUUGCACUUCUCAUUUUCUUUGG